GUCAAAAAAGCAAAUGCCGUAAAGUAGUCAGAAAUGUCAAACGCAUACUUUCGUGCGUAUUUGCCCAUAUCAAGGCAAUAUCUUGCCAACAGAUAUGUUCUUAGGAAAUUAAGUGUUUCAGCAAGGUGCUGCAAAGAGAAAAGUGCUGCACCAACAUCUGUGGAUAAAAGGAAGGGAGACAGCAGCAUAGACAUUCUUAGGGAUAAACCAUUCGCCUUUAUGUCACAGAUGCAAAAUAACCCAGACAAAUUUUCCUAUGAAAAAACAUUUUUUAACCCUUAUUCUGACAGAUGGAAAUAUGAACCUUAUGUUGUUUCAGUGUGUGCCGUUACUUUUCUUGUAUACUUCAUGUUCUUGAGAAAGAGCAGCUAUCUUGAUGAAGAGUUACAGAAGCCUUUGUUUGAGACUUUCCCGUCCCUGGAAAAGGAAACUCUGAAAGCCCUUGUGCAACAAAAUCAGCGUUCUGGCGUUAGUACGAAGAAGUAUGAGGCAAAACUGGAAGUGGUGGAACAAAAACUGGAUACAUUAAAACAGAACAACACAGAAAAAAAAUAGUCUCAAUUGUAUGUGUGCAAAGAUAGGUCAUCAUCUCUUAUGAGAAAGAAGUCAAUACACAUAAGUGAAAUGACUUCCUCAAGAAUUAUUUAUUAAAUAUUGAUGCACUAAAUUGUCUGAUAUAUAAUGUGAUGUAAUUUGGAUAACUAAAACGUGAACUGUUACUUGGGCAGCUUGAUAAUUAAACCUUUUAAACUAAUUAAGCCCUGCAUGCGUAUCGAUCUGAAAAUUGUUUUUGAUCCUUGUUUAGAAAUUUAUACAUACAGUGAAAACAAUAUUAUAUUACAAAAUAAUGUAAACUGAUGUACUGUCAGAUUGAUUUUCUGAUUAUAUAUUACCAACAUACAUUUAGAUUAAGUCUCUGGUUGGUGUUUUUUUAAUGAAAGUGAAUCACUUUUUGUCACUACAAAUACUGUUUCGAUUAAUUAUAAAAAUAUAAAUCAUGUUUGUUACAAAGAUGGUGUGUGUUUAGUUUUAUAUAAUUCAUUACAUGUAAAAUUUAUUUGAUGAUUAAAAACUGUUUAAAAACUUGCCAUACAUAGCAGACAGAUAUCUAGUAUCGUACCUAUUUUCAUGACAACUGUCCCUUGCAAUAAGUAAAUAAUGAUAGCUAACAUUUUAAAGAGUUAGGUAUAAAGUCACCGCAAGAUGGUGUAGAUGUCAAUUUUUGCCUGUUGUACUUUUAAAUGAAAUUGCUGGGCGUUAUUGAACAUGUAUGUAUGUGAACAAUUUCAUAAUGUAAGGAAAUUUUGCUAGGAAUUAAGUUUUUAGUUAAAACCUAUAAAAGAAAAAAAAUGGUACGAAAAAUAAUGUUAAGAGAAUAGAGAAAUGAAAUAACUAGACUGGAUAAAUUCCAAGUGAAUGAUGAAGGUUAAUGACUUUAUCAUGUUUACGGAAUUAAACUCCUGGUAUUCA